GCCCAUGCAAUCAUCCACGGUUGAAACAUCAGAGGAGUUUUUACCUGGAAUUAAAGAUGUUACAGAAUUUACACAGAAAACCUUGCGUGCUGUACUACAAGCUACCAAAGCUUCCAAUGACAUGCCAGCUGCUGGGGAUGACUUUGAUUACUACUCCAGUUUCCAAGGUUUCAGAGACAUACUUGACAUAGAAGGAAAAAGAAUCCUGCACAUUGUACAGAAUGUGAUGCAGCAUCAGAAUGUCAGAGGAAGGCUGUCCCACGGUAGUUCAGAUAUCCUUGACCUGGAGGACAAAUUUGAUGUGUUGACCGACGCAAAUGACCAGAUACUUGAGAGAGUGGGAAGCUGGUUGGAUGAAGCUUCAGGUAUCAAGAAGAAAGAUAACACUCUUGUGCUAGCGACGGCAACACCAAAACAGCAGGCCUCGUCCAGCUGGAACAAAAAGAAAAGUACAUCUGCUACCAAAAGUGCCGCCAGCUACCAUCUCCUGUCAGCCAAAAACAUCUUACGUCCACAAUUACGUUUCAAGGACAAAGUGGACAACAGAAACCAACCUUUUGUCCCGAGGAUUAAGGAGAAACCAAAUGCUAUGAAGUCAUUAGAAGAAAGUUUACGUUUACCUGAGGAUGUUACAAUUGAGAUGACAGAAAGUCCUUCAUUUUUAUACCCACACCCAUACCAGUAUGAACUUGACCACUUGAAACAGGAGCCAGCGAUGCUGUCUAAGGUGGAACCAAUAGAACCACGUCCAUUGGAUGACACCCCUCUCUCCAUGGUAACUAAGGUGUCAGAGUUAGUGGCACUGUGUGACAAACUUAAGACGUGUAAGACCGUGGCAGUGGACCUGGAGCACCACUCAUACCGGACGUUCCAGGGGAUCACAUGUCUCAUGCAGAUAUCAACACGCGACCAGGACUUCAUUAUAGACACAUUGGAACUUCGUAGUGACCUUCACAUACUCAACAGUGUGUUCACAGACCCCAGCAUAGUCAAGGUAUUCCAUGGUGCAGACUCGGAUGUGGAUUGGCUUCAGAGGGAUUUCGGUCUGUAUGUUGUGAACAUGUUUGAUACAGGGCAGGCUGCCAGGGUGCUCAACUUGGCACGGUUUUCCCUGGCCCACAUUCUCAAAGCGUACUGUGGGGUGGAAGCAGAUAAACAGUACCAGUUAGCAGACUGGAGGAUUCGACCUCUGCCAAAGGAGCUGGUAGCAUAUGCCCGUGAGGACACCCAUCACUUACUGUACAUCUACGAUAGGUUGAAAAAUGAUCUUAUUGAGCGGGGAAAUGAGCAAAAUAACCUGCUCAUGUCUGUCCUGCACAGGAGCAAGGAAGUGUGUUCAAAGGUAUACAGGAAGAAUAUUUUCAGUGAGGAUGACUAUCUAGAUCUGUACCAUAAAAGUAAAAAGGUGUUCAACUCACAGCAGUUGGAUGCACUCAAGAAGAUAUUCAUGUGGCGGGACCGAACUGGAAGACAGGAGGACGAAAGUCUGGGGUAUGUGUUGCCAAACCACAUGCUGCUCCAGAUCGUGGAGAUCCUCCCUCGAGAGAGACAGGGAGUACUGGCCUGUUGUAACCCAAUCCCACCACUGGUGAGGCAGUACCUCCCAGAGGUCCAUGGCAUUAUCUCAGAGGCAAGGGAGAAACCUCUCGUGAAGGUGACAAAGAGAAAAGUGAACCGACCGUCUCAUCAGCAGCACCCAAAGUACGAUGGUGAAAGUCUGCUGUUGUGUCCUCAUGAUCUAUCUCAUCAGUUGUCACAGAAACCGGGGGAAAAGUCUGUGCUGUUACCAGAUCCGAUGGACCUGGCGGACAGCUCCCCCUUGCCACCUUCGUAUGACCUCCACUAUAGUAUCAAACUGAAGACCAACCCAGAUCUCAGGGCCUUGGACUCUAAUAAUUAUUUGCCUGUUACAAAGGAAUCUCCAGUGAAGACACCAGCAAAACUGAAUUCAGACUCAUCUAGAGAAAUACAUUUGAUUGAUAUGAACUGGAAACUAGUCAAGAACACAAUCAAACGAAAACUACCCGAGGGAACAGCUGCAUCAUCUCCUGCUCCAGGUCCUCCCACCAAACGACAGAAAAAGGAUGAAAGUGGGGAAAAGAAAGAACAGGAGGCAGAGCAAGAAUCGACACCCCGCAAAACUCUCUCUCAGAUAUUGAAAGCCAAGUACAGCAAGUUGCAAAAGGUGGAUAAAAUAGGCGUAACAAAAGAUUUGACAGAGGCAGACGAGAAAAAAAAGAAAAAGAAGACCAACAGCAUGGUAGAUCUGGAGGAUAGUUUCCAACCUUAUGACUACAGCAAGACAGACAGCAGCAUGUUUCAGGGUGGUGCUGCCAAUAAAUCAGAUGUAUAUAACCCCAACAGAUACUAUGGGGCAAAGGGCAAGGGUAACAAGGCACCUAAACCCAAAUAUUCAACAUCCAAAUCCAAUAAAAGUUACAGCUACAAGGACAAGCAACGGAACAAGAAUUGAGCGUCACUUCAUUUUCACGGACAAGAGACUGGUUUAAAAAGAAAAUCACCCUAGAUUGUGAACGGACAACAGUGGCUAUUAAAAUCCACAGGUCAUAGUUCAUUGGAGAUCUCCGUCUUGUUGAUGUAUAUUCUUUUCUCCAUUGUGGCCAUCCUAUAAUGUUCAGCCGGGCUUGAUGUCAUGUUGAAGGAAGAGUUCACGGGAGAAAUGUUUCAAUCUUCACAUUCAUUUCAUGGAGAAAUUUACAACAGGUUGUUGCAUUAACUGCAUAUCAGUUAAUUUUCAUUAAUGGCUAAUUUAUUAUUAUUAGACCCUCAACAGUAGUACUGGAGAGAUCUAUAGGGCAGCGGUCGUUUAUCGCAAUCCAAACGGUUUAACCGGUUGGACCAGAGUUGAUCGUUUAUGAAAUAAGUUUCGACCUAUUAAUCUGAUGCUGCUUUCAGGCGAGCCUUGACGAAGUCUUGCAAGGCCUGCAUAAACAUUUGCAGGUCCACCAGGAUUUAUACCUGAAAAUGUUACAUUUAAAAAAAGACACCGGUUGAAUCAGAUAUGGGAAAGGGUCACAGUGCACUCCCUCCAGUGGUCUGUCUGUGUGUCACUCUGUCCAGGGCAUAUUUUAUAUACUAAUUUAUAAAGUCACCUACAAUUGUUAGAUAUUGUAUGCAAGACUUUAAUAUUUCUUGAGAUAGGUGAAUGUCACAUACUGUUAUUGGGUCUGGUGCCCAAAUAAAUGCAGAGUUAUGGCCCUUCGUUCACCUUUGUCCAAGCAUGUCACAGGCCAUCUGUCACCUUCAAUUUCCAAAUUGUGUGCAUAUCUUUGUAUCAAGACACCUUGAAUUUGUUGAAGUUUGUAUGUACAUCUCUGCAUAUAGUGCUUAUAGAUGAUAUACUUCUGGAUAGAACUUAACAAGUGUUCGCCACGAAAAUGUACCACUCAAAUUAACCUUAGAGCCAUAAAAUUGAAAACUUUCAGUUUCUACAUGUUUGUGUGCUCAUCAUUAAAUUCCCAGUAGGGGACCAGCAAUAUUGCCACUUCAUAUGUGGGUUACUUAUGAAAAGUAAGUUAUGUGUACACAUAUUAAUUAUGAUGUUAAGGUUUUGUUAUCGGUAUCAAUAUGUUUUGAUAUUUAAGAGAGAAGUUUACAUAGACCCUGUUAUUUUAAAUUUAAGGUAAUUGACUGCAAUUUGGGAACUGGUAUGAUGUCUCCAGUUCGUUUGUAUUAAAUUGUUCACCCCCAAAGGAAAAUUUGAACUCUUCCAAUUCUUUCGAAUAGAUCAUUAUAAAGUUUCAGGGGUGAAUGAGUAAUCUAUAUAUUUCAAAAAGUCAGCUGCUUUGACCGGGAUUAGAGCUGGAUAUGUAUUUACAAGGUCCUCACACUUAAUAUUGUUUUAAAGUUUCAUGGAUGUUGAAUGCAUGAAGAGAGAAAGAAUGUUGAAAGAAAUUGUUACUUUGAGGAUUAACUCAUUGGGAAGGAGUGAAUAACACAGCUAUAUUGCUUUGUGUCAACACGAAUAUUAAAAUUAAAAGUCAAAUUAUUAAA